AUGUCCUACCUUCAGAAUCAGCUCAAAAGCUUCAACGCUAGUGUCGUGGAGUCAGCAAACCGCAUGCCCACGCAGCGUCGUGUGGCCAGUAACCAACCGGUCUCUGCCAGCAGUUCCCAAGUCCCAUCGUCCGCACCGACCCCGUCAUCGUCUACCGAGAUCAAAAAGAAGCGCCAUGACCCGGACAUUGUCUACUCUCAGCCGGCCAACACAGGCACGGGCAAAGAUAUUAUGACGCAAUUCUCUGAUAUCAUCUCGUACUUGUCACUCCAGCACCGUGCCCAUGACCGGGGCUACGUGCAGGCCCUUCGGAGUAUUCUUCAGAUGCAUGAGAAGGUUGAGUUUGAUCCGAGCGGCGCGAACGGCGAGGGCACAUUCAGGUUCCGCCCACCUCACAACAUUCGAAACUCGGAGCAACUCCUAAAACAUCUCCAAACCCAGACCACUGCGGCGGGUAUGAGUGUUCGCGAACUCAGGGAGGGCUGGCCCACCGUCGAAGAGGAGAUCAAUCAAAUGGAGAAGGAGGGAAAACUGCUUGUGACUCGAAACAAGAAGGAUGACCAUCCCAAGAUGGUGUGGCCUAACGACCCGUCCCUAAUUGAACACUUCGACGAUGAGUUCAAGCAGAUUUGGGACAAGAUCAAGGUUCCUGAUGUGAAUGUAGUGAAGGAAGAAUUGGACAAGUUCGGUAUCACACCUACCAACAAGAACAAGGUGCUUGGCCCGCGCGUCAUCGCACCGUCUAAGAAGUCCAAGAAGCCACGCCGAAGUGGAAAGACCACCAACACUCAUAUGACGAGCAUUCUCCGGGACUACUCGCAUCUCAAACGGUAA